UGCCCACCUUCAUACUCGCUCCUUCUCUUCCUCCACAUCACUACCCGUUACCAUGAGCGACUUUAGAGGGCGCGCGUCUGCGCUUUUGGAACGUCUAGAGGCAUCCCGGCUUCUUCUUGUCGAGUGGGAGACCAGCCUUCAUAUCCGGUUAGGCUACCCUCUUGCGUCAAAUGGAAGUCUCUUUCUCCUGAUCCCGGACGGCCAGCUACAGAGAGUCCGCGAACUCGCCGCCGGUGUAGGGCUAUCCCCUGCAGACGAGAAUACUUUACGCUCCAUCUACCCGUGCGAGCUUUCCGGUUUGGCCGUUCGCUACCUCGUCGACGACUCUUUUCGCACUGCUGCUCCCCACGAAGGUCCCCCACGACGUAGGCUCGUUUUUCUGUCCAUGUCGUGGACCGGGAUCACGCCCGACGAACUCGUUCCGAUUUCAGCUCAGGACGCUUCUCAACCCACACUGCCGAGUUUUGUCCAGACAAUGCCUCUCCCAGUCGCAUGCGCUGCCCUUGUCCGCAUUGCUGCGCGGGAGAAACGUGGGAGUCCUCUCCGCGAGGGCGUUAUUGAACGGCUCUCCAGCAUCAUCGGGUACAGCCUCUUCGACAUGAGCUACGAGGGAGAUUACAUGGAGUUCCCGCCAAAUGACCAGCCAUUAUCAGACCAGGAGACUUUGGAAAUCCAGAACGCCGUGGUGAAAAUGAAUAAAUGCGUCUUUAGAGAGGAUGAAGAGUGGAUAAAGGAGAUUCUGGUUCAAAUCGUUUCUGGGAAGAUGGAUUACGUGGAUCUACCUUGUCAAGAACGUCCCAGAAUGUAAUUAGUUGUCCUCAACUUACA